AUGGCUAUCUCUCUGGUCUACAUCUUCUUUACGGCCCUGCAUUUUCUGUGCUUUGCCCUUGGCAUUACCGUUUGUGGCGUGUAUGGGCAGAAUUUAAAGGACAAGGGUGACCAUGAGUCGCGAUGGAUUUACGCCGUGGUUGUCGGCGCUCUCUCGGUCGUGACCUGUCUCGUCUACUCUAUCCCGUUUGUCCUCCGAUUAGGCGGUCUGUUCAAGACGGCGUGGGACCUUGUCCUGUUUAUCCUGUGGAUUGCCGUGUUUGGACUAUUUGCAGACAUGUACCUCCACAAGGACAACAAGAACGGUGACUCGGAUAUUCGACUUAUGAAGGAUGCCAUAUGGGUUGAUCUGGUCAACGCCAUCCUCUGGCUUAUUGCCGCAGUGGCCGAUCUGGGUUACUGGUUUAAGCACCGUGAUGUCAGGACGCGAUUCACUGGCAGGGCGACGGUCUAG